CCACCGUGUCGUGCCAGUGCAUGCAAAGAAAAAUCGUACUUCGGACUAAACGCAGGACCGUCUGCCGUGCGGUGCUAUCGGACGAAGGUGUGGAAAUUUGUACACCGUCACACACAAAGUGAUUGCGAUAGGGAAAACCCCCCACCCAUACGUGAGACAAUAUGCUGAUUAAACUGGUGAAAGAAGACUUUCCGUGUCUGAAAAACGGGUUUAUAUAACAUUAUCUACGUGCUAUCGAGUUUCUUCGAAUCUACUUCAACAAGAUGCACAGCGGUAGCUCCAUAUCUCCUAAACACCCUGCCAUUCCGGUUUCCAUUGGCAUCGCAUCUCUUGUGCUGGAAGGAAGAUCAUCCGCACUAGAUGACAGUUCGAUCAACGCUUCGACCAACGUUUGUGCCACCUCGAGUGGGCUCGUCAGCGGUCAUGGAAAUGGCAGUGGUGGCGGAGCCGGCGGAGGAUCUUCAACUGGUACCGGAGCGGCAGGAGGUGGCGGCGAUGAUGAGGAGGAUGGUGGGUUUUGUGGGCAACGGCGUGCAAGCGAGAACACUGUUGGAGCGUCCUCGCUCCAGCAAUGCAGUCUUAUGGCCAUUAAUGAAUCACAAAAAUCUCUCGCCAUGACUUGCUGCCAUACACCUAACGAAACGCAGCGAAUUAAUCUAAAGCUGCAGCAAAUUCGUUCCUCCUGUCCGAGCACGAGCAAGGAUGAAGUGCAGCAGCUGGUAACGGUGUCGGGCGAACCGAGCCGGGUAUCGAACGGUGGCGGUCACAGACACGAAAGGGAAAUUUAUGAAUCAUUCUCCAAAGUGGUGCCCCAGCACGAUCCAGCCGCUAGGGCGUCCCCGUCAUCACCAGCAUCGACUGUAACAUCCUGGUAUUCGCAUGAAUUGCCAAUCUCUGGCUCAACCGCUACCGCUGGUAUCGUCAUCUACAGUGGAUUCGAGAAAAUGAACGUACUUGGUACUGUGUCGCCCAUCAAGAAUCAUCCGAUGGGCAACAGCUUCAUAAACUUUUCCUCCUCGUCAUCGGUUUCUGCCAUACCAUCGUCUUCUUCGGUCAGCUCAGUGCAGCACCGUAAGCCCGCUGCUUCUUCCAAACUGCAAUCAUCGUCGUCUUCGAGUCCGCGCGAAGGACCCCACUGUGAGCAGUUUCUAAAGAAAAUUGGACUCACUAAGCCGGAUACGGCUGAAGGAUCGGAGCAUCACUGCAGCUAUCGCAACAAAUACUGCCUUCGCUGGCAACUUUACUUCAAGCAGCUUUCGACCAUACUGACGAAUGGAGAAGCAGUUUGCAUCGAGGUUUACCUGGGUCCGGAAAACCAUACGAUACUCUUGGAACAAUGGAUUCUGAAACUAGUGAUGACAAAAUCUCCUGCGACCAUGACCAUCCAGUCACUGUGCGCCGCGAUACGUAGUCAGCUUUACUUUUCACAAAUAUCUGCCUGGACCGACUUGAUCAAAAAAUCACUCGAGCCGGAUAUUUUCUCUCAUCCGCGCAUUAAAAAGAUAAUCCCUGCCGGAGCUUCCGGGGGAGCUUCCUUUGGCUUGCCGCAAGCUAAGCUCGAUAUUCUGUUUCGCAUUCGAACGUACGACAAUACGGCGUGUUUUAACGAGAAACCGAACGUGCACAAUUUCCCCGAUGCGAGUGUGGCAGAAAAUUUCGUCAUACAGGUCUGCUUAAAAAGCUUGCCCCGGCUUGAUCGAAUACCCGGCAUCGAUGCCGCUUUGGAUGCAGCGAAAAUGAUUGCAUGCUUGCAAAAGCAGCAGCACGUUGAUCGCAUACCAUUGCCCUGCCACGAGAAAGGCAAACAUCGAUGCGCUUUCCGUGUGGAGCUGGAAGAGGAGGAAGACGAGUACGAUCCAUCCAUGGUGGAAGGUACGGUUGAUGGUGAUGGCAGAGAUGAUGGUGACGAAUGUCUGCAGCUAACAUCGGCCGCCAUUAGUCACCGCGAAAAACAGUUGCUUAAGUACCGGAAGAGAAUGUUAAAGCGUGAAAAGAAAAAGAAAAGCGGAUGUGCGGGAGAAGGAAGCACCAAUGGAAGCGUCUCCAGCAGCAACACUAGCACUAGUGGAGGUGAUCGGAAUGGUUCAUGUACCGAUGGUUCAUCAUACUUAUCAGCGAAACACUAUAGCAUGUGUAGUCAGAUUGGAUCGAUUGGAAGCGGCGUAGGGUGUAAAAUGUUGACCCCAGGAGCACCAGGACCAUUAGGAUUUGGCAAUGGUGUUAGUGUGACUGCAAAUGAUGAGUGCAGUAAUGGAUCCUGCCGCAACGUUUUAACAUCCUCGAUCAACUCAAUCCAGCCACCGCUUUAUUCCUCAAACGAUCAUCAUCAAGCAAUGGUGAUCUGUGAAGAUCGUUUUCAUCCAGUCGCCACCAACUCCAAAUCCACCCAAACUACUACAUCUGGCUUGUCCAACGAUAUGUUACCACCGGUCGUUUCCGUAGCCACACAAACCGAUCCCACUGUUUUGGGAACACCUGUCUGCCGUGAUUGCAACAAUCGCUCACGGGAGGCAAAUGGACGUGUGACGGAACCUGCUCCGAUCGGUAACCAGGCACAACGCGGUAUGGAUGUUAGCCAAAAUGUGAACCACGCUAGUAGCAGCAUUAGCAGCAGCGGCAGCACAAACCGUGAUAGAUAUAUGCAAUAUUUUAACAAUUACUAUAGGACUUAUAAUAUUAUCAAUGAAAACUGUGAUAAAGGUCCAGCAGCAGCACCUGAAGCGUGUGUAAAGCCGGCACGAACCACCACCGACGUGCCGAUGGAAGAAGGUACCUUUCCUAGCGUCCAAAAGCCAAGGAUAGGCGACACCGAUGCGAACAUUGCUACUGCUCGUCGACCAUGCUUCAUCGUCGGAGGCGAUGGAUAUGAAGGCGAUGAGGAUGACGAUGGCAGUACCCAGAAAAGGAAUCGUGGUUCUCCCAUCCUUCCGCCAGGAGAUAUGCUCCUUCAAGCCAUUCAAAGAACUGCCAUGUUAGGUGGGUCCGAGUCGAAUAAUCGCGAGAAGCAAGAAAGCGUUAAAAAUGGCCACGGACCGACGGCUUUAAAUAAUAACAACUAUACCACUGCAAACAAUAAUAUCGUGGAGCGUGAAACAACGGCAGUAGUGAACGAUGGCAGCCGGGUGCAGGUUCCAAGCGGAAAACAACCACCAGGCCAGCACACCGAUGCUAGACGCAACGAAAUGGUGGAUGGCAGGGACAGCAGUAAAAUGGCAGCAAAAACAUGUGAAUCAAGCGAAUGUGAUACCUUGAGCAAGGAAAAGAAGCUAGAUUUAGGUGACUGUCGACUGUGCAAGCGACAAAAAACGAAGCAUAAUUUUAAACUAAACCUUUCCACGUUGUUAUCCACCUCGUCGUUAGCCACUAGUAAAGUGUUACCCACCGUUGUUUCUUCCUGCACUAAAAGGGAAGCGGCGAAGAAAAGUAUCAUCGCUACCUCUAGCGUACUGGAUUGUGGUACCACACCGCCUGGCUGUCGGCGAACACUGUCCGAGAGUCUCGUGGGACAUCUUACCAUUCCAGGAUCGUCCAGCACGUCGUCUGUGGUAAACGGCCAUGGCAGCACAGCUAGAUGCGAAGGUAGUGAUGGUGAUGAUACUGUUCAUUCGAAUCAUGGAUCAAACGAAGGCUAUCCCAGCGGCGAAGAUCUUAGCCCGGACGAUAGUCCAAUGCUAAGCAGUUCGACGGGUGCAGUUGGUAAUGGCAUUUUUACGUUUGAACAGAUGAAAUCGUACAGACGAGCGUUCUCCGAGGAUGUGAUCGACACGAUCACAACUCUAGUUCCAAGGGUGUACGAAAACAAUGAUCGUAAUCAGGCCACCGAAGAGGACAGUACGGAGGAUGACGCUAGCAACGGUGGUAACGAUAAUGAGAGCGAUCAUGCAUUUGCGCAAGAUCGCUGUUCUUCGCACAAGGCGUGCGGUUGUACUGUCGAUCGGCGCACGGCAAACGAUGACAGCCCACAGGUGUUGGGAACACUUACAGCAGGUAAAUGUGGACAUCAAAUUCCACGUCGUCAUCGACCGCAUACAUCAACACCGGCAGCAGCAGCAGCCAAUGGCAAUAAUUGUAAGGAACCGCUCUACAUCAGUUGUUCUGAGACGGAUUGUUCUGUGAGCACGGCCAGUAGCGUAUCGCCACACAAAAAGCAAAUCCUUAGCUGUGCUGCGAUGGGAAACAGUUCACAAGCUAGUAUUUCGAACAGCAAAAGCGAGGAUCGUUGCAGCAGCUUAAAGCAGCAGCUUAUACAGCAUAAACCAUCUUCAAAAAUCAACCUUAACUAUGUGUUUUGUUUGUCUCCCUUGGCACGGGAUGAUUCCGGUUUCACCAGCGGAAGCAGUCCUGUCACAUCAACCUCUUUCCCUGCCACGUCCCCAAUAGCGAUCGAUGGCGGCGUCUCGUUCGGAAGCUCGAAAAGUGAACGAAAGGCGAAUAGUGGUACGGUCAGUCCGGGAUUAUUUCGUUAUGAUUUUGAGGAAACUCCCAUCAGUCCCGUUUCGGGCACGAUCAAAUCGAAAUCGGCUCCGAUAUUUCCUUUCUCGCCACCUUCUGGGGGAGGUGCACUUUCGCCAAGGUUUUUACGAAAUGCCCAACGCCAGUUUCACCAUCGUACACGCUAUCCUUCGGAGCGAUCUUCUUUCUCGGAGCGAUCUUCGAUCGGAUCGGAUGAGCAACUGUCAGAUGAUGAUCUAUCAUCCUACCUGCUGGAUUCAUCGAACGGGGGCAGUUACUGCAGUCCACUGUCUGGACCUCAGCUACUGCCGUUUGAAGAUGUUGUUGCUGUUGCUGGAACGUCAUCAAAGAUGGGCCGGUAUGGGGUGCGUUCCAGCACUACCGCUUGCAUUAUGCCCACCACGCAGAUGUUGAGCAAGGUACUGAACAGGAAUCUGUUCAAAUUUGGCCGUGCACCAAUGCUGGGGACGCUGGAAGAGUCAUUGUUGCAGCGUCGUCUUACGCCAAAGUUCCAGGUGGCCGAUUUUAAGGUGCUGCUAGGCGCUUCUGGUAGCUUCUGUCCAACGCAGCUCACCAUACCGGCUGCUUCCUACUUCUACGAGCUCCCUGGACAACAUCUAACUACACCGUAUGUGUGUGAAUUACGUCUUCCAAGAAAGGGAUACUCAAUACCGCGCACAGGCACCGUCCAGGCAACGUUGCUCAACCCGCUGGGAACGGUGGUGCGGAUGUUUGUCGUGCCGUAUGAUUUUCGUGAUAUGCCAGCAAUGUCCACCACGUUUAUACGGCAGCGCAUACUCGCUUGUGACGAUAGCAGCCUCAAGCUGCUCGGCAAAAACAUCGAACAACUUAGUAAUGCUGAGCAAAUGAAACUGCUUCGUUAUGCGAUCCAUUUGCGGUUUCAAACAUCGCGAUCUGGAAAAUUAUCGCUUCAUACAGACAUCCGUCUGCUGAUAUCCCGCCGCACGGACUGUGAUACGGCCGCUGCCCAUGCGAAAAAUUUGCUCGAGUCCCCGAACGAACUGAAAGUGGUUACCAUUGUACCGGAUAGUCCCAAAUUUAGUUUACGUAUUGAUAAGCAACAGUAAUUUUUUC